CGUGUAGAUAUAAGUGCUUGGAUGGCAUGAAUAUACAUGAAAUAUACUUUAUGUGGUUUAACAUAAAAGUCAGUCUGAUAUACUAUGACAUGUUUUUAUGUCUCAAAAGAGGAAAGAAAAAAUUAAGUCAUUACGUGUAAAAGGGCAGGUUGACAAAACAAAGAAAAAAGAUUACAAUUUUCACAUUUUCCAUAUACUACUUUAUAGUCAGAAAAAGAAGAAGAAAAAUACCCCUGAUAAGCAGAUUGGGCUAUGACAACUCCUGUGGCUUUGGCAGGUGGCUUCCUCACAAUAUAAAUACUGAUUUGUUUUUGAGGAUUCUUCACUAUAUAUCCAUCCACUGACCUCAUCUGAUCUGAAAAGCAAAGCCCCAGGCGAUAUUACCAAUUCUCAAUGCCUGGUCCCAAGGCACCCUGUUCGCAAAGUUCCAAGAUAGUAUUUCAGCCUAGCCUGAGAAUAACUAACCAGAAUCGGCCAUCUGUGGUGAUACGGACUGCAUCAUAUAAGCAACCAAACACCCAUGCGGUUAGCAGUCAGCAGUUGCAACUCCCCCUGCCGUUUUCUGGCUCAGUCUUGCCACCAAAUCUUCAGCCAGCAAGCUCAAACCAUGACUUAGCAUCUCGGAUUAACAUGGGAAAAAAGGACUGGGCUCACCAGGCUGCUCUUACUACAUCUCCCACCAGAGAAAACGCUCAAGGAAAGCAGCUUCGCACAGAUGCCACCUCUUGCUUGCACCAGUACCAGGAAAGAGUCACAUACAGGGAAUGCAGAGCAGAUAAUACUGAGUGGCAAAGUCAAGAGGAUUUGGUGCGCAAAUUAGAAGAUCGGCUGGCACAAGAAAAGCAGAAACUGGCUGUUAUGAGGGCAGAGCUAGCAUUGACCUCCCAUUCACCACUUUCAUAUGGGUCAGGGCUCAUCUUCUCACAGCAUACCAAAGGGCCAAGGAGUGAAUUUGUGAAUGGGAUCUGUGUUUCCAAUCAUCACGGGUUCUACAGCAAUUCAGUGAAAACCCCCAGCAUUGACUAUUACCGGCAUACCACAACCCGCCCACCCUUCACAUAUGCUGCCCUGAUUUGUUGGGCCAUCCUAGAAUCUCCCAAGAAACAACUCAGCCUGAGUGAAAUUUACCGUUGGUUCAACAAUUUUGGCUACUUCAGACACAACACUCCUACCUGGAAGAAUGCUAUUCGACACAACCUGAGUUUGCACAAAUGCUUUGUGCGAGUGGAGAACGUCAAGGGAGCUGUUUGGACAGUGGAUGAACUUGAGUACCAGAAGAAAAGAAGCCAGCGUUGUGCUACUUAUCCAUACCCAGUUCUGUUCAACCAAGGAGUAGGUGGUUCUGUUGCCCCAUUGGAAUCCACUGCCCAGCCAAGAACAUGUCUCCCCACUUUUCUGGUUUCCCAGGAACCCCUGUGAGGGGUUUCCCACGAACCCCUGUGAGUUGAGCUGACUCUUCCCCCAUCAUACACAAAGACAGCAGUGCUCAAGAUCCUGUUUCCAAGCUAUGGAUGCAGAAGCAUCGAAUUUGGAGGCAAAACAUUUUGAAGCAGAGGCAGCUUAAACUGGCCACGCUGCAGUAUUCUCUUAAUUCAUAGCAGCAGUCCUAGUAUUCUGAAUAAAGAAAAGGGAAAAGGGGAA